AUGGUCGAAACUGAACACAUUUCAAAGCGUGAAGUCACAACAGUCCGCUUGGUGAAUGGGCAAAAUCCAUGCCAAGGGCUUUUGGAAAUCCUUUACAAUGGCACUUGGGGGACAGUGUGCGAUGAUGACUGGGACAUUGUCGAUGCCAACGUUGUUUGCCAUCAGCUCGGAUGUGGGCGUGCCCUCUCUGUGGCAGGAAACUUGCCCUUUGGCAGAGGGACAGGGGUAAUCCUGCUGGACAACGUAGACUGCAAAGGGACCGAGUCUUCACUGAGCGAGUGUGGAAGUUUGGGCUGGGCCAUCCACAACUGCAACCAUUAUGAGGAUGUGGCCGUCAUAUGCAACGAUUUCAGCUCCACGCCAAUCAACCCGAUAAAUAAAACCCAAGUAUCUGCCUGGGAAUACAAACAAGGGGAGGGCAAUAUUCGUUUAGUCAAUGGCUACAACUCCUGUCAAGGAAGAGUGGAGAUUAAGUACAGAGGACAAUGGGGAACAAUUUGUGAUGAUGACUGGGGCAUGAAUGAUGCCAAAGUUGUAUGCCAGCAGAUGGGUUGUGGCACAGCAAUAUCUUCCACCACCAAUUCCUAUUUCGGAUAUGGCAAGGGGCUGAUCCUGCUGGACAAUGUCAACUGUGACGGCAAUGAGCUGUCAUUAUUGAGCUGUCACAGUCUGGGAUGGGGUGUGCACAACUGUGGGCACCAUGAAGAUGCAGGAGUCAUCUGUACAGGUAACACUUUCCCCAAAGCCAUCUGGAUCUUAAUUCUUGGACUCCCACAGCAGCUUCAGAUGUUUCAUCCAGUACCUUUGCUGCAGACCACACUGGCACAGAAUCUACUCAUAGUACCCUUCACAAAUUUGGUGCUGAACAAGCAAGCCCAUGCCCAGAAAGAGGGGCCCAAAAUUGAGUAUCCGGUUUUAUCUGCAUCAGGAUCCAUCCGCCUGGUGAACGGUAACAACAGCUGUCAAGGCAGAGUGGAGAUUUUUUACGGCAAUAAUUGGGGAACCGUAUGUGAUGAUGAGUGGAACAUUAAAAAUGUGGCGGUGGUUUGCAGGCAGUUGGGAUGUGGAGACGCCAUUACUGCUACUGAACUGAGCUACUUUGGGUAUGGCCGUGGCCCUAUAUUGCUGGACAACGUGAAUUGUGAAGGCACAGAGUCCUCCCUGUCAGACUGCUUUAACCUCGGCUGGGGGAAACACAACUGUAGGCACCAUGAGGAUGCAGGUGCUAUUUGUAAAGGGGUGAAUGAGACUUGGUUUACAUCGAGACCCUCAACCUAUAUGGUGGCAACAGACUCGCCUUCCAACUCAAAAUAAUCGCAAAUCCGACUUGUGAACGGACGCCACCGAUGUGAAGGCCGGGUGGAGAUCUACCUGAUGGCGCAGUGGGGGACAGUUUGCGAUGAUGCCUGGGACCUGCGGGCAGCUAGGGUGGUCUGCAGACAGCUGGGCUGUGGCAGAGCCAUGGCUGCCAAGGUGGAGGCAUAUUUUGGGCAGGGCAUAGGCAUCAUCCACCUCGACAACUUAAAAUGCAAUGGGAAUGAGAGCUUGCUUGUGCAGUGCUCUCACAUUGGCUGGGAUGUCCACAAUUGUGACCAUAGGGAAGAUGCCAGCGUGAUGUGCACACUAUGA